UGUUUUACCUAACAGACCAAAACAUGAAGAUUUUCAGUUUCAUGUUAUUAUUGCAAUUCAAUAGCUGUCAGAUUUUUACAGCUUAUAUGAAGUUUUGAGUCUAUUCACCACAUUUAUAAAGAGGUGUAUAAACAGAAGAAGUAUUCAUAAAUUCAUACUGCAUGUGUACCUCUUUGGGAUUAACUCAGGACAUUUUCCAAAAUCAAAAAUGGUACAUAAGGGGAGGAAGAGUAAGAUCUGGGAGUAUAAAGGGGCCAAAACAUACUCAAUCAUUAUCUAUGGUCUGCGUUUAGCUGUGGAAUUUCAUCAUCCAUAUCACGAGGGAUGUUUUCACUACUUGGGCAAUGCAGGAAAUCAAACUGGUUAAGUCUGAUCCAACUUUGGAUGUCUUUGAAAACCUCACCAGCCAUAUUUCAGAGAACUCAAUAGGUAUUCCCUUGUGUAGCUGUUUAUGUCAUAAACUCCCAUGCAGAGGAAAAAAAAUACUGCACUGAAGAACAGGUAAUAUGCAGUUAAAAAACAAGUUUGUGGACAUGGGUUAGUCACUGACCCAAGAACAAAGUAGAGCACCCUGUUGCAAAUACCCUUCUUACUAAUUUACUGAUAAAGUUUCAGUAAGACUUGACCAACACUGAAGGAGCUCUAGCUUUCAUGUGCUCUCAAAAUGUGUUUUCUGAUGACCAUAAAGUUCAGGUAUAAUUAAUUCGACCAUUUUUAUAUUGAAUAAUUUUUGCAUUGAAAUAUGUGGGGGGAAAAAUGGGAGUAGUGUUUACAGUUAAUGUAAAAUGUGCAUCUUUUGAGAGAUUAUAUAGGUUUUCUUGCAGAAGGAACGGAAAGUAAAUUGUUAUUACACAAAAAUAUUAAGACACCAAGUCUGAGAUCUUUUAUUUUUAAGUCUGUUAUAGUUCAGGCUUUGUUUUUAUACCGACUCUGCCUUUUAAAAUUCCUGCCCACAAAGGUAAUGCAAGUUACACAAAAUAAAGGAGGAGGGGAAAAAAUAGUAAGAAAAGAAAAGAUCUCUGUGUUUGUAUUUUAUUUAAAAUGCAGUCUAAGCCAUUUAAAAAUCCAAAAAAUAAGAAGGAAACAAAAUAGAAUGCUAUGGAAAAACGGAAGAUAAUAGAAUAAAUUGGCAAUAUAGAGCUAAAUGGCUCCUAAAAUUUAAUAAAGCAAAUAAAAUAAAAUGGCUUAAUAAAUGUAGUUAAAACAAUCACAGCAAAUAUCUGAUAAUAUAAAAUGUAGUGGACAGUCCAGCUUUGAAAUUAAGCGCAAUAAAGAGUAUUUUCUGCUAAACACGUGUCACAUUAUCAAGAGUUACUGCAUGAGGUAGAGAAGAAAGAGCUUUUGGCAGCUGCUUCCUAAAAAUAUAGUCGUUCACUCAGGUUGUAGGCAGUAUAAGACGCUACUGAAUAAACCAGUAGUGCUGUGAAAUAUUCAUUUGGCCAACAGUUUAAAUAAAUCAUUGAAUACCUGGUGUUAGCAUGACAUUCAUGUCUAUGACAACUGCAAACUUAUGAUUAUAACACAUAAAUAUUGUUAGUGAGACAGCGCUAAACACGCACAAAGAUUUGAUGAAAGACAUUGUGAAAAGAGCAUCAGGAGAUUGGGCGUUCAGUGUUCCAAUUGCAUUUGGUAAACAUUUAGCAACACUGCAGCUCUCACAUCCAGCCACAAGGAGAAAGAAGAAUAGACCGUUCAGGGAAAGGCCUGGCUUUGAUCAGCAUAAGUAUCUGGCUCGUGUAUGUGCCAGACACUGUGUUGGUUCUAACUGCCAAGAUUGCAAAUGACAACAAGAACAUCAAUGAAAGCAAUAGAAUAUUUUUUAUCAGCUUGCCAGACAAAGUUUACUGCAAACACUGAAUUUUCAUGUUUAAUAAUGUUUAAGCAAAAUUUUAAUUUGUCCAGUUUGUCACAGUUUGGUCUUGAUUUAUUAAGCAAUUACUUCCAAAGUAAAGUCAUAGUGGGGCUUUAUUAACUCAGUGUUUUUGAUUCGUUGUGAAGACAUCUGGUUUGUGUUGAGCUUGUGGACCCCAUACCUAUGAAUGAUUAGGCUUUAUCAUUAGCCCUACUGUCAUGUCCAUUACCUUUGUCAACCAUCUGCUGAAACUUGUGCUGCUCCUGAUGUGUUUGAUCAAGGCAACCAUGACCACAUGAACACUCAAACCAAUUAUGGCCCCUGGCAGCAGCUUACGAUCAGGCUCAUCUUCUGUAAAUUGGAUCAGGGUGCUUACAGGGGCUUAGCAUGACGUACUGCAACUUUGAGUUUAAUCAUGAGGAUCCCCGGCCAUCCUCAACCUCUUUGAGAGAACGCAACAUUAGCUUCUCCUGUAAAGGUUUGAAGAAAUAAACCCUUUUGAACACUGAAGUUUAGGACACAAUGGUGCAGAAGAACCUUUAAAAUAAGGAUCCGGUGCUGUUCUCCUGAGUUCUUUACAGCGGUUCUUUUGCCAUAGGAUGGAUUACAGUCUGAGCUGACUCUUCUGUUCUUUCGGACCAGCCAGAGGACAUACUGAUUACAAACAAACAGGGAAGUGCAGGUUAGCAUACUCAAGAACUUUAUCUAAACCGAAGUGGAAAUCUUGGAACUCCUGCAGUGUUUUUUACAAGCAAGGACACAUCCCAGAUUGAAGAAUGGCUUUGUUGCCAGUUAAGUUUGAUCUGAAAAAGCGAGUAAAGUUGGCUCAGACAGUCUGGUUCAUGUACUGGUUUGCUGUGUUGGCCGGCGUGUUGGUCCUCAGCAUGGGUCUGUUCUUCAAGAUCGAGCUGCGAAAACGCUCUGAACUUAUGGACAACAAUGAAAGCCACUUUUUGCCCAAUCUGCUUAUUCUCAUGGGUCUAAUAGCCUGCAGCAUCAACGUCUUUGGAGGCAAAGUGUGCUAUGACUCACUGGACCCCGAUAAGUUUGCAAAGUGGAAGCCCAUGUUGAAGACCUACUUGGUAUUCUGUGUGGGAUUCAACGCCCUGCUGCUUGUCACGGCCGUGCUGUGUUUCUUGAUGAGAAUCCCUAUGCAGUUCACCCUGGCUGAAGGGUUGAGGAACGGCAUGAGGUACUACAAGGACACCGACACACCGGGACGCUGCUACAUGAAGAGGACCCUGGACUUGAUGCAGAUUGAGUUUCGUUGCUGUGGAAAUGACAACUACAGAGAUUGGUUUGAGAUUCAGUGGGUCAGCAACCGCUACCUGGACUUCAGCUCAAAGGAAGUCAAAGACCGCAUUGGCAGUAAUGUUGAUGGCCAGUAUCUGAUGGAUGGAGUGCCCUUCAGCUGCUGUAACCCCAGCUCCCCCAGACCCUGCAUUCAGGCACAGAUGACCAACAACACUGCCCACUACAGUUAUGACCACUACACAGAGGAUCUCAACGUGUGGAAGCGGGGAUGCCGCGAUGCCCUGCUGUUCUACUAUGGUGGCAUGAUGAACACCAUCGGAGCCCUGGUGAUACUGGUCACUAUGCUGGAGGCUAGUGUGACUGUGGGCAUGCAGUAUGUCCACAGCUCCCUGUGUAACCUUGCUAAUCCGGAGGAUCCAGAGAGCGAGAGCGAGGGCUGGCUCCUGGAGAAGACAGUGAAGGAGACGUUCACUGACAUCAUGGACAAAAUGAAGUCCAUGGGCAAAGGCAUCAAGGUGGAGGAGGGUGAGCCAGUGGUUGAAACAGUGAGCUGAGCUAGCGCCACCUGAACAAACUGACCCCACUCCCACCUGAGGAGAAAAUCAAAGACAUGUGAGAUUUUUCUACCAGCAUUUAUUUUGUAGGCCUACUCAUAUAUUUGGUUAUGAACUCAUUAGAAAUGGACGUGAAAAGAUCAUAUUACAUAUUCAUACUUUGAUAAAUAGCAGCUGGAUGGGUUUUUAGUUUUGGUUUUCCCCAGUAAAACAACCACCAGCAUGGUUUUUGGUUUUUUUGUUUGUUUUUGCACCAGCAUGUUUUUAAUUAGGUUUACAGUUCUUCUUUCUGACACUUUGUGCAUUUUUUUCUCCAAAAAAAGUGCAAAGUUAUAAAACAAGUAAAUGUUAUAUGUAUUGAAAGCAUGUAAUUUUCUCCUUUAUUUUGCUGUCACGUAGUUUGGCGGGGAUGGUGGUUGCUAUGCAAUCCCCCCCUCUCAUGGAACCCAAUGGUGCAGAUUGAAGAUAUUUAACUCAGGUUUUGCAAUGUUUUAUUUUUGCUAACCCGUCUAGGCUACUUUAUAGUCAAAGCAGACAAAUUAACCCCUCUGACUUGCUUCCAUUUAUACUCCAGUUCGCUGGAUAAGCAGCUGAGAUGGAGUAUAAUUUUCAAUUAAAUGAAUCAGUCAUGCAUGAACAGUGCAACACAUGGAUCAAGACUCAGCAUGGGAAUCAGGAGGUUCAGAAACAUGGGGUGACUCCAAACCUGUGGCCUGAAAUUGGCAGCUAAAUCUUGGUUCCUGACCCCUGUACUGUAAUCUCAGAUCCUCUUUGAUAUUUCCCUAGUGCAUUCAGUAUCUGUAUAUUGACAUGUGUAUGUACAGUAUAUAACUUUGUAUAUGACGUAGAAAAGAUGAAAAAUUACUUUUUUAAAAGAAUGUAAUUAAGUUGAAUCUUUUAUUUGAAUCAAUGUAAAGUUGUUUUUCUUUUUUCCAAAUAAUUUUCUUGGCUUUGUGUGACUGUGUAGAGGAGAGAUUAUGCUGACUGUAUACGCGAAUAAAGGAUAUUAGAGACGACA